AUGAAGAUAAUAGUAUUGCUUUCUUUCUUCGCUUAUAUUGAGGCACGAGUUGUCAAUGAAAAUUGUAAUGGAGUGGUCGUCCAUAAUAUAAACCAUCAGCAAGAAAUAUUAAAAGACGAUGUUACAAGUCCAUAUCAAUUGGCAAUCGACUAUGAUACUAAUAAUUUAUUUUUUAGCUAUUCCACCGGCGAAAUAAAAACAUUAUUCGAAUCAGCGUAUAUUAAUCUCAAGACAAAUGAGUUUCAAAUUAUCGAAGGUAUAAAUGGCGGAUUUGCUAAUGCAGUUGACAAUAAAGCUAAUGUAGUUUAUUUGGGAGGCAACGAUGGGAUUUACAAGUUUGAUUAUAAUACCAAAAUUGCUACACAUAUUGAUGGAACGUCCCAUAACAUUUGGCAAAUGUUCUUUAAAAAUGAACUCUAUUACUCAACCUAUCCAGAAGAACAUGUUUACGUGUACAAAGACAACCAUUCGCAGCGAGUUUCUCAAUUGGUCGAUACAAGAGGAAUGUUGGUUGCUCUUGACAACGAUGAUAACAUAUAUUUCUCAAAUUCUACAGGGCUUUUUAUUUACAAAAAAGUUAAAGAUUAUACUUUUUACUUAGGUGAUUAUAAUUUGAAUGCUAUUACGUCAGACAUAAAUGGCAACUUAUUUUUCUCGACACCUAGUGGUAUAUAUUCUAUAGAUAGUGACAGUAAAAAAAUAGAAAACCUUGCUUCAAUAGAAAACAUUUACGGAGUAGCUGUAGAAAGCGACGGUAAUAUUAUUUAUGCGUCAGAUAGAAGUGUCAUUCGGUUAAAACCAACAAAAACAAAAUGUGUUAAU